UAGAAAUACUUCAACAAAAACUUCAGAAGAAUACGCGAUGGAAAAUGCACAACUUAAAUCUGCUGCCGAAGAGAAUAGUAUGUCAAAAAGUAGCAUUUUGCAAUUUAAAAAUGAUUUACAAAAACAGAAAAGUCUUAUGGCAAAAUAUAAGGACCGUUUGAAUAAGAUAAAAUAUAAUGCAAGAAGCAAAAGACAGGGUGGACAACAAAAUGAGAGUAAAUCGAAUGAUUCAUCGGCACUUUCUGACAACGUUUGA